CGAAGAAGGCCACGAAGAGCACUACGUCCUGUAACAACACCGCCAUGGUUCCAUCUGCAACAUUACCGAUUUAUUUGAAGCGCGUCUUUUAGAAUUUUAUAAGCCUUCGCAUUACAUCUACUCAGAUGCAUAUGGCAAACAUGUUAUUGCUCCGCUGCUUUAUAAAAGCCUAUCUUGCUCGCAGGUGUAUUGCUCAUGAGAUAAUUGUUGAACAUCGAAGAUAAGUUCUAUCAUCUUUCAGACAUAUACAAACAACCACAGCCAGCAAAUCCUCCAAUUCAAACACAUCAUAUCCGUCUAGAAGCACGCUUCGGUAUCAAGAUGGGCUCAUAUCGACCCGUCUACUACGGUUCCGAAUGCGAAUACCCCCGGUUUCCCAACCGGAGAUGGGGCUCAUGUAUCUGGGUCUUCGUCGUCGUCUUCUUCGCAGCGGCAUUCCUCGUGUCUCUCGGCGGUAUAGCCGCGAACAUCUUUCUAAUCAUCAAGUUCAUCGCGACAGACACCACAAACUUCUCGUCUCAAGCCCCUGAAUUCCCAUUGUACAAAAACAGUCGGUUUGAAGAAUGCUCCUCGUUGGUUCCGGACGCGGCGAACUGCACUGCCAUCAUGGAUAUAAUCAGCCAUACAUCAUACCCGCUUGACCAAGACUAUCUUCGCCGUGGAUACAUCCCCAUCAGCACGGCGUGGCGGGGUGUAAACGGGACUUAUUUCGACUGGUGCACGGCAGCGAGCUGUUUCAACGGAUACACAGUUAUACCAUCCACUGCGCGGCCCGGCGUCAUCGGCUUGACGACCUUCGGGAUAUGGACCAACGUCAACAUCCUCACGCUGAAAUAUCUCUUCGCCUUCUUGAAGCGGAACUGGGCUUUGUACAGAUCCGAUGAUCGUGGAUGUAAGGGUGGUAUUAGGGAGAUCGGCCUUAUCGAUUGGGUACUGCUCCUUUCCACCGCGGGAGGCGAAAUCAUUUGGUGGUGGGUGGACUACAUCGAGUUCGUCCAGAAUCCGAUCCCAAACACCACGUUGUCGAUAUAUGCGUGGGCCGCAACGUGGCUCUUAGCCUCUAUCAUCCAUUACCAUCCGUAUUCGUGUGUGCUCGACAGGUCCCCAGUCCUCAAAAGAGUGUUGUCGUGGGUCCUCGCUCUUCUCACCGUGGCUCAAUGGGCUGCCACAAUCCACGUACUGGCUGUCGGUCGGAGGUACACUCUCGAGACGUUGGGUAUAUACCAGGGCUACGACUGUGUUGAGAGCAUGGUGACGGGCACGGCGCAGUGCUCGGCCCAGAGACUGUGCUCCGAUGCGCCCCUUCUGGGUAACAUGCCUUUCUACUGGGAUUUUCUGGAACACAUGAUAAGCCAAGGCAGUGUUGCUCUAUUCGUGAUCCUUUCUCUAGUUGCGAUACAGCCCUUCGUCUUGGCCACUUGGCGGUAUUAUAUUGGAGGAGCUUAUAGCUGGUCUGAGCUGUUCAAAAGGGUUGAUAUCGGACCUAUCGCUGGUCCUGCGACUGCUAGUAUCUUUGGGGCCUUCUUUACGGGUAUUGCUGCCAGCGUCGGCGUAUACCUCCUAACUCACACUGAUCGUGAGGCACCCAUAGUUGCAAGCCCCUAUUGUAACGCAGUGCAUGUCGGUCUAAGUACUUGGAGGUAUUAUCUGGAUUUGGACCCGAACAGCAGAGCUCUGAGAAUUGUGAAGGCAUUCUUCAAUGCGUAAACAUUCAUAGGUCAUAUGGACAAUAUUCGAGUUUCGCGAGCAACCAGGGCUCCUCAGGCAAAACGAACAUCUCCGUUCGACAACCUUUUCCAUUUUCCUUCAACACUUACACACCGCCUAGGUGUUUGCACAUGUAGUGAUACCUUGGUCGAGGUAGAACUUACAAGACAGUAUUGGAUUACCUUUUAAGCAUUGGUUCAAUUUGUAUCAUUUAAAGAUGCUAUUUAGUUGGUUAGUAUAACUCCUGUAUUAUUUGAAAAAGUAUUGCAAAAAUAC